AUGUCACCAUUUGAAUUAGUCUAUGGUGUAGGAGCUCAGGUAGCACUUCCUCUGGAACUUGCAGCUACCAAGUUAAAGACUGUCAUCAAGGAUGCCUACUUUCAAGAUUCUUUGGAAAAACGGAUCAUGCAUUUGAUGAGGAUUGAUGAGGAAAGAGACAAGUUGGUAGAUCAGAUAAUAGAGCAUCAGAUGAGGGUAAAGAAAAUAUUUGAUAAGUGGGCAAGGCCACGGAAAUUCAUGUUGGGUGAUCAGGUCUUACUUUGGGAUAGAAGAAGGGAACCAAAAGGAGAACAUAUGAAAUUCAAAUCGCUAUGGAAGGGACCAUUCAUGAUUCAGGAGGUAAAAGGUCCUAACUCUUUUAGAGUUGCAUAUCGAGAUGGAACUGUUCUUCCCCUGACCUAUAAUGGCCAGGAUUUGAAAUUAUACCAAUUGUAA